CAUUUUCUAAUUGAUUCAACUUGUCUAGUUUAAAAGUAAUGGAUUCGAAAAAUGCUAUAAUUCUCAUCCUAGGUUUCUUUGCUACGAUUUUUCUUAUCUCCUCAGAGGUGUCAGCAAGGGACUUAACUGAGACUUCCUCCCAUACUGAAAAGGAAAUGAUGGAUGAAAAGACAUUUGGUGGUGUCGUAUAUCAUGGAGGCUACUAUGAUAAUGGUUAUCCAGGAAAUGGUGGUUAUUUUGGCGGUAAUCCGCGUAAUAGAGGCAGGUACAAUGCUGGUUAUGAUGGUGGUUAUGGUGGCUAUAAUGGUCGAUAUGGUGGUGGUUAUCCAGGUAAUUAUGGUGGCUAUAAUGGUCGCUAUGGUGCCGGUUACCCGGGUAUUGAUGGUGGUUACGAUGAUGGUAUUGGCGGAUAUGGUGGUGAAGUUGUAGAUGGGCAAACUAAAGACAACACGCAUAAUUGAUAGUCAUAUCAUCAUACAUGAAAUUUUUAGUAAUAAAUUUCAUGGAUAAAUAACUUAUGUACACAGCAUAGCAUAAAAGGUAUAGAUAGACAACAAUUUUUAUUGUUAUUAUCUAUCUUGCCAUAUAUUGUAUAAAGAUUUCACUAGUAGAGAUCUUUUAUAAAUAAAUCA